AUGGUGAAGGGAGAGACCAAGGGGCCAGGGUUCCGGUCUGGGGGCCAGGGUUCCGGUCUGGAAGCCAAUUUUCGACUGCUCCUACAGUCUUGCUUCGUGGCAGACAGCAGGGUGAUUCUUGAUGGUCUACAGAGGUACGGCCCCAUGCCCGGCUACCUGCCUGUCAGCUACCAGGUACUCAAUGCCAAGGCAGCCUUCUUCCUAAAGGAGGCCAACCAGGACCUAAUGAGGAACUCCAGCCUGCAGGCCAGGACUGAGCCCUUCUUCAUCCAGGAGGCCCGUCAGAUGCCCUUCAUCAACGCCAGCUACGGACCCAUGUCUGCCCAGCAACCCAUCCCCCUGGAGCUCCUACAGAGCCCCGGACCCUUCAACGGACCCUCUUUUACCUCCCUGUCAUCCUCCUCCUCCUCUUCUCCAUCCCUUUUCACCUACAACUGGAAGGUCCAUACCUUCAUCAUCAGUGAGAGGAUUCACCCCAGUUGGCCAAAGGUGCAAGUGUUGUUCUAUGUGGGAGGCAGGGACUGGGAUGACUAUACCACCAUCCACAGGCUGCCCUGUGUCAGGAUGUUUGCCUUCCACGAGACCCAGGAGGUGCGGGGCACGUGUCGCCUGAAGGGGGAGCUGGGGAUGUGUGUGGCAGAACUGGAGCCCCUGGCUAGCUGGUUCAGUCCCCCCACCGUGAGGCCAGGGAGGCAGAGAUCUCCGGAGCAGCCCCAGGGCACCCCCGUGGAGCUCUACUACAUGGUACAGUCCACGGAGACUGGGGAGUGCAGCUCAGAGGACUCAAGGAAAGGCAGUUCCAUGCGCACAGAGCACCAGGGGCCCAUGGGGUACUUCUCGGGUCCCACACCCAUGCAGCGCAUUGGGAGUGUGCGUCUGUUCCAGCCCAUGCCGGAGCUGAGGCUGGACAGUAACUUUGUGGUGAUGGUGCCCUCUAGACCAAUCAGACAGAGGGAGAUAGUCUCCACCUUCCUGGCUCUCUCCAUCCUGUCACCUGUACAGAUCUUCACCCUCAGAGUGAAGUCGAAGGAUGGCGUGGCAUUCCUGGGGGCGAGGGCCAGUGACCCAGUCCUGUGGACAGUGAGUCAGGAUGUGAGGAGCGAGGGACACAGGGUCAUCACCCUUCACUGUCACCGCAAGGAGAACACCUUCGGUCAGAGGCCAGAGACGGGCUACCAGAAGGUCCUCCAGGUGGAUCUGGAGGUGAACGGGCUGCUGGACCCGCAGGGCAGCCGGGUGGUGACGUGGCAGGUGGAGUACCCUCUAACUCGCUCCCUCACUGACGAGGUCCAAACCCUCAUCCGCCUGGCACCACAGGACCUGGGUGGCAUUGUGCCACUGGCCAUGAACACUGAGAUCCUGAAUACAGCCGUCCUCACCGGGAGGACGGUUGCUGUGCCGGUAAAAGUGGUCACCGUAGGAACAGACGGCACGGUUACAGAUGUAACAGAGUCGGUGGAGUGUCGGUCGACCGAUGAAGAGGUGGUCAAGGUGUCAGAUCGUUGUGACUAUGUGUUUGUUAAUGGGAAGGAGACGAGGGGGAGGAUGAGGAUGGUGCUCAACUUUACCUACAGCUACCUGAGUGCCCAACUGGAGAUGAGUGUGUGGAUGCCCCGCCUCCCCCUGCUUAUCGACAUAGCCAACCCCGAACUCAGCCAGAUCAAGGGCUGGAGAGUCCCCGUGGCCGCCGACAACAAGAGGUGGCGUUCUAACACAUAUGCCCCUGCUUUCAUGGCCCUCUCUGAGCCCAUGAUCCCUCUAGUCCAGUGGUACCAGAGCACCACGGUGCGGGUCCUCACACACUUUAUGGCCCUAGGAGCUGAUGGGCUGGGCCAACAGGACUUCCUGCUGGGCAGUGAUUGGCAGGUGGAUGUGACUGACCUGGUCCAGGAUUCGCUGAGGGUGGAGGACCAACGUGUGGCCCGCCUACUGAAGGGACAGGUCCUGAUGGGCCUCAGCACCGGCACAGCCAAACUACAGGUGAUGUCCCCUCUGUCUGACUCGAUCCUGGCUGAGCGGAUGGUCAGGGUUCUGGAAGACAAAGUGAGUGUGACAGAGCUGGGAGUGCAGCUGGUCUCUGGCCUCUCUCUGUCCCUCCAGCUCAGCCCAGGGAGCAACAGGGCUAUCGUCGCCACGGCUACAACACAGGAAGUCAUGCAGAAACUUAAACAGGAAUCUCUUAUCAGUGCCUGGCUUCAGUUCAGUGACGGCUCCAUGACCCCUCUGGACCACUAUGACCCCACCCACUUUGUGCUCACAGCCACCUCAUUGGACGAGCAGGUGGUGUCAGUACAGCGCAGCACCGAGUGGAAGUGGCCGGUUAUCGUGGCAAAGGGUGAAGGUCAAGGGUUACUGGUGCGCGUAGAGAUGACAUCAUCAGAGUUCUGCCGGAAGACGAAGCGACGCAUCAUCCUGGCUGCCGGGGUAGGAAACAUCAGUGUUAGGUUUGGCAGCUCUGAUGAGCUGUACAGCCGCCCCGGAGGCAGAACUCGACCAGACGCACCCUACUACGGAGGAUCCAUCUCUGACAUUGAGGCUGGAAUCAUGAAUCGGGACGCUACCACGGUUAAGGCCCCCAUCCCGGUGAGGCCCAACGGGGACAGGCUAUUGGCCGACGGAGGAGUCCCUGGAGAGUUCUCUGAGUUCCCUGCCCAGGCGGAGCUGCCGCGGGGCCGCAGCACAGAGGAGGACCUGUUGUCGUCCCGCCGUGGCCUCACAGACCUGGAGAUCGGUAUGUAUGCCCUGCUGGGGGUCUUCUGCCUGGCCAUCCUAGUCUUCCUCAUCAACUGCAUCUCCUACGCCCUCAAGUACCGCAGCAAGGAGCUGCCCCUGGAGGCCCCUGAGGCAAUGCCUCAUGCCCACGACUGGGUGUGGCUUGGCCAGGAUGAGGGCCUGUGCCUGCAGCAGCAGCAGGACGAGCUGGGUUCAACCCUGGAGGAGGGCAGCCAGCUGCUGAAUGGAGGGGCCCUGAAGAGCAGUGCCCAGGGAAGCUGUCCGGGAGGUAGGAACGAGUCACUCAACUCACCCACCACCAAGAGGAAGAGGGUCAAAUUCACCACCUUCUCCAACGUCAAGCCCAAUAAUGGAUGCCCAGUUCUGAGCCCACUGGCACUCGGACUGACCAACGACAUUAAGUGGGUGUGUCCAGACAUCGAGCUCGGGGACUCGCAAGAGCUCCGGAAUUACAUGGAGAGGUUGAACGAGAACGCUACAAAGAACGUUGUAUAGAGACGCUUGUAUUUUUAGUGGACGAAUGAGUAACUCUAACACACCCGAAUGCCUUCAGAGUAAGGAAGGAGUGAGGGGUGCGUUUAUUGAAAUUGGUUGGCACUGUACCUCGCUAUGACAACAAGAUGGAGCGUGCCAGCCAUGGUUGUUUCCAUUGUUACUAUCGGAAUGGUCAAGGAUCAGAAAUGAGGGGAAACUCAAAUUGCCAUUACACCACAUUGGAUAUGUGGGAAUUUUUUUAACUUGAAUGACACUUUAAUUAGUUGAUAUAUCUGCUCCCUGUCUUUAAUUUUAGAUAACAAAAUUAAAUAAGCUUUUCACGCACACCUCUCUUUGUUGACUUUUUAAAUCAUAAUUUCCUUAUUCUGCUGUGUAUUAUGUUGUUAAGCAAUUACAGUCUGAGGGAAGUGUUCAAAGCUAUUAAAAUUGUAAAUAAGUUGAGCAUAGAGACUGGUUUGGAGUAUGAGAGACAAUAUUUUGUAACGUCUUUCUUUAGUCUGUCCUCCUUUUUGCAUUUAAUUUUGUUCUCCAGAGAUCAACAUGCAUGUUACUGAAGACAAAGACAAAGCCUGUCUUAGUUCCUGUUGAUCCGUCAGAAAUAAAUGUGUACAUACUGUAGAGUCCUCCCUAUAAGACACAUGCUUCUCUCACACACAUCCCUGUCAAAGACAUGACGUUCAUUGAAUAGCUGAGCUCUAGGUUGUGUGUUUUCUUAUUAUUUUGUCAUUUUUUUCUUAUCUUUCCUUUUCUCUCUAUUAUUAGAAGUCAACAGGAGUGUCUCAUACUUGCUGUUUGUGACAUUCUUUUGUUAUUUUGUUGUCAAGGUAGUUGAUAUGAUUCCUUUGACUGUUUCCAAUUUCUAGGUUAAACCUGUAGCCUAUAUGGAGAUUUUUACUCCUCGUGUAAUUAGUUCACUUCUGACCUUACCUGUAAUUAUUGGUGAGCGUAACUGUUGGUGAGCUACAUCGUGUUAAAUCCCCAUUUUGUAUCUAUUUAUUCCACUUUCAGGUGGACCAUAAUCACUCCAGAUUAUUUCACUAAAACUGAGUCAUCGAACCUAAACACACAAUAUAGUACAGGUCUAUUACCAGAACCAAUGGUUGGUGCAGAUCAGUAUAGCAUAUGCUAGUACAUUAAACUAAACUCUAAUGACAUAGGCUGCUGAGUUCCAGGUGGAAUAGUGAUCCGCUCUGUGGCAAAAAUUCUGACUAGUCCAUCCCCAUCCCUCCUUCCUCCCCGUCAAUCAGAUCCAUCCCUUACUGUUUUCAAAAUGGCCUCUGGAUUUGAUUAAAACUAAAAGGUGAAACCUCUCUCUCCUGUUUCUGUUUGAUUCAUUUGUCUAGACGUUUAAUUCAUCCCUCUAUCUAUCUGUCCAGACUCAGUUACCCAUCCAACCUAUCCAUUUCUACAAACCGACUGCUGCUCUAAUGAGAUUGGCAAUUUGGUGUUUGUGCAUUUGUGCAUCUGCCAGGCAGAUAGUACGCUGGGGAAAUAAGUUAUUGUGAUGUCUGCAUCCCUAAAGUACUACUUCAGACAUUGCUGAACCGAGAGUUGUCUUACAACACCAGAACUAUUUCCAUAUUUUGAUCACAUAUUAGCCUAUAGGGACCAGAGUUUUUCCUGGUCAGGUCAUGUGGUUAGGAAAAACUCAUAAUGAUGAGUAUCACAAGUAUUUCCACCAUUUACUCUAAUGCUACUCAUAGUGUAUGUCACAGU